AUGGAUACCAAACCCGCCUCAAAAGACUCCAUGAAAUCCACAUGGCGUACCGCCAACCGCUCAGAAUGGAACCACAACCACUGGCUCCUGGAACUACUGAACGCCCACCCCAUCGCCCUCGACAAGGAGGUGCCCGUGCACGCCAAAGAAGAGCGCGUGCCGUUCAUGCCGCAGUGGUCUCUGCAGCGCUGGGUACUCUUCUACUCUGCGCUGCCACUGAUCGCGCACCAAACCUACAUGCUCUACACGGGCCGCACGCUGGGUCCCAUCGCCGCAUUUAACCUGUAUUUCCUGGCCUUUAACGCCACCGUCAUCUACCAGGUGCAUAUCCUGCGCCGGCUGGGCCAUAUCUAUGGAUUCCUCGACGGCGAUAAGCAUGAGCGUGAUGGUGUCCCCGACGUCGGGGUUGCCAAGGUCGUGACAUCGCUGUACAAAACUACGGGCUCGCGAUUGAUCCUGUCAAUCUACCUGUCCUACAAUGCGAGCCAAUUACCCUCGGAAAUGAACUGGGCCUGGCUACCGCUGGAAAUCGGAUUAUACGGAAUCGUCCUCGACUUCUGGUUCUAUUGGUACCACCGUCUGAUGCACGACGUGGGCUUCCUAUGGAAAUACCACCGCACGCACCACCUCACCAAACACCCGAACCCAUUGCUUGCCGCGUACGCAGACCACGAGCAGGAGUUCUUUGACAUGGUGGGCGUGCCGAUGAUGACGUACUUCAGUCUGAAGCUGAUGGGUCUGCCGAUGGGGUUCUAUGAGUGGUGGGUGUGUCAUGCAUAUGUAGCCUUUGCCGAGGUGUUUGGACACAGUGGGCUGAGGCUGCAUUUGACGGUGCCGUCGACGUUGAGUUGGUUGUUGCAGAUGUUCGAUGCGGAGAUUGUGAUUGAGGAUCAUGAUUUGCAUCAUCGCAAGGGUUGGCGCAAGAGUCAUAACUAUGGGAAGCAGACUCGGCUGUGGGAUCAGAUCUUUGGGACUUGCCAUGAGCGGAUUGAGUCGGCGCCGGAUAAUGUUGACUAUGUCAAUACUGCGACGAUGCCUCUGUUUUGA